AUGAGUUUUAUCACAGGGAAGGCAAUACGGAGUGGAGACAUGGAGAGAGGGCAUAAAGGAGAUGGAAAGGGAUUAUCGGAAGAUGGGCAUGAAUGCUUUGUUAUGGAAAUUUCUUAUGCUCCGCAAGAUCAAGAUAGGCAGAAGACAUCUGAAGAUUUUUAUUAG